AUUCCUAAUGUCACAGUCUCACCUGUAGUCCUUCAGAGAUUAACAGUUCUCUUGAUGACUACCUGAUGGGUCCUUAGGUUAACAUCUGUUGCUUAUAAAGAAUGAGUAGCUUUUCUGGGCAGCCUUUUUGAAAGAGAGAUUUCCAAGCCCUGUUGAUGGUUGUAUGCCCUCAUUCAAAUCAGCUGGCGCUGCAAGCACUGACUUAGCAAUUCUUCGAUCCCACUUCGGUGGUGUAGGAGACUCUUGACUGGUCUCUGUUCUGAUGUGGAAGCAGUUGAAGGCCCCAAAGAGGGGAGAUAACUAAAAGACUGGUCUUGGCCUGGGCAGAGAAGAUGCUCAGGAAAUGAAGCUUUCUGUGAAAAGCUCGGACUACAUAGAAAGACUGGCACAUAAAUACAUGCAGAAGUGCAUCAUAGAGUCAAGUACAGAGUCAGAGUCUGAAUCCAGCACUGAGGUCAUGCCUAGCCCACUUGCUGAAGGACUCAAGAAGGCAAGGGACUCCAAGGAAUCACAAUUUUUAGAUCCUUAUGAUGGUGAUUCAGAAGAUGCAUCCAUACACUCUGACUGCAGCUCGAAUUCUUUAAAUAGUAUACAAGUUGCGCCGUGGGUGAACAGUGCCCCAAAAGCAAUGGCUUUGGAGGAUGCUGAUCCUUCAGAAGAUGGAGAGUCCUUCCCUGAAACUCUGCACUGGCUCCGCCCAGAAACAAAAAUCGGUGAACUCUACACCCAGAUAGCAACUGACUGUAAAGCACCCCUGGAACUUGCUACCCAGCAGAAGGAUUUCUCAAGAAGCCUGUCGCAAUCCUCUGAACUGACUAGAGCCACAGAAGCAUUUCCCUCCAUGUGGCUGACACCUGACUGUUCCUUACUGACGGGUAUUAAUUCUUCAGCCUCUGCAGAUCUGCUUGCAAGUCCAGGUGAUAGUGUUUCACACACCAUGCUAACAAAUGCCUCUGAUGAAACGAUGUCCACACAGCCACUAAUUAAAAGAAAACAAGGAAUUCCCACUGCAGAGGGUGCUGGUGAAAAACUACGACGGAAGAAAUUUCGUGCUAUCUAAUCUGAGGGUUUGUUCUUCAUUUGUUUGAUCUGCUGUGUGACAGGAGGGAAGCAGCUGUAUGGUGAAACGACUCUACAGGUUUGAUUACAAACAAUUAUGUUAAGCUGAAAUGAAUGUAGCAAUCUAGCUUUUAUUUCUUUUUCCUUUAAUCACAGAGCUGUUGACUUGUAUUAUUAAUAUAUCUGUUCCUACCUA